UUUGACACGCCCCUCUCGUCUUGUGACCGGCAGACUUCACAGCCAAUCACAGGGUACCAUCUGGAAACAUGGCGUCUGGCUUUCUGUGGAGAUGCGCGGUGCUUGUGCUCUGCACACACAUGCUUUGUGCUGUAGAGACCGAGACUAAAGCAAAGGCCAAGAAAAAGAAGGACAUCCGAGACUACAAUGAUGCUGACAUGGCACGGCUCCUGGAACAGUGGGAGGCAAGUUUUCCCGUCCACAGCCUUCAGAUGUUCGUGGUGGGUUCCAACAGGGUGAUCUUCAUGCUGCGAGAUGGUAGUUUUGCCUGGGAGGUGAAAGACUUCCUUGUGGCUCAAGAGCGCUGCGUAGAUGUUACUGUAGAGGGACAGGUGUUUCCAGGGAAGGCUGCCAACAAGGAUGAUGCCAAAUACAAGCAGCAGAAUGAGGUCAACACUAAGAGAAAGAGCAAGAAGAAAACGGAGAGCAAGAAGCCUGAUUUGGAGGGAAACCGUGCAAACUCUCUGAAACAGGAGCUCUGAUGAGUUUGUGAGUUAGUAAUUAACCUUGUGGUCUCAUAAAUGGUGCUUCCCACAUCCACUCUGUGAGCAGUGAACUGGUGAGGGCCCACUGGACCACCUGGACCACCUGGAGAUGUGGAGGGAUGAGUGAACUAAUGAAUUCUGAUGGGUAACGUCACCUUCACUGCUCAGCUGGAAUCGUCACUCUUUCAGAUCAUUUUCAAUGGAAGCCAUAUUGAUUUCUGUUCAGUCAUCACCAGAUCAAAAGGAGCACAUGCAUUUAUUGUUAAAAAGGUACUCCACAUGAGCACUGUCAAACAUUUAAUCCUUUGUAUCCAUGAUUGGUUGUGGAAUAAUUUUUGUGUGGUGCAGGCAUGGAGGCACAGAUCUCACCGUCCUGUCCUCGUGUGUUUGUAGCAUCCACAUUUUCUAUUUGAUUUGAUGAGAAAAUAAACUUUUGAUAUCUUUGA